UGAGCUGGAGCAGAGAGACAGUGCGGAGCGCGAAGAGGAAAGAAAGAGGAAUGGAGAGAGGGAUGGAGAGAAAGAAGAGACACUGCGAGUGCAGGACCUGCAGCCUCCUCUCUCUCCUCCGCCAGCGUCCCGGGAGAGUCAGAGCAGCAUCGACGAUUUGAGGGAGUACAUCUCGUGUGAAGGCGUUUCUCUGCAGAGAGCUCGUCGGUUUUUAGAGAGACAGACGGGCAGUCUGAGAGAGAGACAGGCAGCUCUGAGAGCAGCACAUACCACCCUGGAGGACCCCUCACCGGGGGGCUUCACCAGCCAGCUCUACCACAACCUUCAGCAGGAGGCGAGUCAUUUGGAGGAACUGAGGGAGACGGUACAGAAAGGUCAGAGUCUCCUCAGAAAGAAGGAGGAGAAACUCAGCCAGCUGGAGACCUCACUGGCCGAGGAGCUGUCCUGUGAUGAUGGCGAGAGGCUGGUGGGAGACCGGAAAGUCACGUUUGACGUCACAGAUUCAGACAUCAGCAGCGUGUAUGGCCAAGAAGGAACAGCCCCCACAGUUCCACUGAAGGUGCAGCAGUUGGCUGAAUCACUCCAGCACAUCUCCGGGCAGUUGAACACGGUGUUGGGGGCGUUAGGAUCCAUCACCCAGAGUACAGCGCCCCCUCUGGCCCCUCCGAACCCCCUCCAGCCGCUCUCUCGGCCGUCUCAUCGACCCUCCUCUCUUCCUCCUGCCCCCACGUGGGCGUGGCCUCCAAGCUCCGCCUCCUCAUCCUCCAUCACCAAUCAGAACGGGUUCACACGCAGCGGCGUUAACGGCAUCACGGCGACGCGCGGAUCUGAUCUGCUCGGCUCUCACUGGAGCAAAUUCCUCCCUGGGGUUUCCAUGGAUACCAGUGCACCCUUUCUAACGAGAGCUCAACCGGCGUAUUCCGGAUACACUCCAGCGAGUCUCUCCUCUAUGCAGUCUAAAACCUCAGAGAUGGACAGCCAGACGCUGCAGGGUCUUAUUGAAGGCAACAAAAGAUGGCUGGAAACACGACGCAAAGACCCCAAUAUGCCGCUGUUCUCACGCUACAGAACCCCCCCCUCCACGAGUGGUUUGGUCCAACUCAGCCUGGACGAGAACAAUCAGAUAAAGGUGUUCCAUUACUGACCAAGGACGGACAGAGGGAGCUUUAAUGUGUCUGUGUGUUUCACAGUGAGAGAGAAACAGUCUGAGAGACUCAUAACAGCACUGAGUGUCACUGUCACGUCAGAACCUUGUAACUCCCAUUCGUUCCUUUCUAAAUCGUGUGCGUUUCAUGAUGAAUGGACCGGUAAUGAUCCAGAAUGACCUGUUACAGUUUCUCCUGUUCAGCUCAUUUCAGAUACGAGGCUUUGCUGUGACAGUGACGAGAUAUGACACUAACGAGGCCCCGAAGCACUGAGGGAGCUAUAACUGUGUGAGAGCUGCAGAGACUGAACUGAAGAAAAUGGUAAAACUGGGUUCCUUCAGAAGGAAAGACCCUGUUCUGCUAUUAAAAGGUCUUCCUCGGGUGCAGCGUCCCUCUGAAGGACAGGCUCACAGACCCACAUUAGUGUGUGAUGACAGGAGGACAAUAAAAUGUGACAGAAAGAUACAUUUAUAUUACCAUAUAGGUGCACUUUGUAGUUCUACAGUUACAGACUGUAGUCCAUCUGUUUCUCUGAUACUUUGUUAGCCCCCUUUUACCCUGUUCUUCAGUG